AUGGAGAAGGAUCUCAUAUUUAGCCCAAAGUGGCACCUUGUGUUUUGCUUUUUGAUUUUGAUGAUGUUCCAUGCCGCCGAAGCGGAGAUAACUUGCAGGUCGUGCCAGUCUGGAAAUAAGUGGCGCGCUCGGGAAUUAAUGCUAAAAUUCGACACGAGUGAGUCCGCAACAGGAUUAAAGAGAGAGGUUGUUGGACAGGGAGACGGGGCAGGGAGAUCUGCAAGUGCGGAAAGUGUGCGGCUCCCCUGCGCAGUUGGCUCCGUUGAAUGCGCUCCAGCUCCGGCGGAACACACGGAGCCGAGACGGAAUAUAGACGCAAAAAACAAAAAUGUUGAGAGCGAGAAAAUGAAAGUUUCCAAUGUCAAAACGAGUCAGGAGAGCAGCCCGGGUUUGACUUUUAGCAGAAAGCGUGCCAGGAGGAGCAGUGAUGACGGGGAGGAAAUCACAUCCCCAGCCCAGAGUCAGGACCCGGGAGAGGGCGCGCGCAGAGUUCCGCGCUGGAGCGGAGAGGACCGUAGAGGAGCCGGCGCUCCGAGGCACGACGAGCUGAAAGUUGACAGCACAACGUUCGCCUUGACCGGGGACUCCUCUCACAACCAGGCUAUGGUGCACUGGUCCGGCCAGAACAGCAGUGUGAUUUUGAUGCUGACCAAACUAUUUGACUUCAACCUCAACAGUGUGACAGAGAGUUCAUUAUGGAGGUCAACUGACUACGGAGCAACGUACCAGAAGCUUAAUGAGAAAGUGGGAGCAAAGACAAUACUGAGUUAUUUGUACGUGAGCCCCAACAACAAGAGAAAGAUCAUGCUGCUGACUGAUCCCGAGGUGGAGAGCAGUCUGCUGAUCAGCUCUGAUGAAGGAGCGACCUACCAGAAGUACCGCCUCAACUUCUACAUCCUCAGCCUGCUCUUCCACCCCGAGCAGGAGGACUGGAUCCUGGCUUACAGCCACGACCAAAAGCUCUACAGCUCGGUGGAGUUUGGAAGGAGAUGGCAGGUGGUUCACGAGAGAGUGGCUCCCAAUCGCUUCUACUGGUCGAAAAUGGGUUUGGACAAAGAGCCGGGCUUAAUUCACCUGGAAACCAGCAUCUCUGAAGGACAGGCGCUGUAUGUCACCUGCAAGCUGCAAAACUGCACAGAUGCCAACAAGGGCAAACCAUUCCCGGGCUACAUUGACCCCAAUUCUCUGGUGGUGCAAGAUGAGUAUGUGUUUGUCCAGGUGUCAGCCGCGGGGAGGCCAAUCUACUAUGUGUCUGCUAAAAGAGAUGUCUUCACACCAAUGAAGCUACCCAAGUACACACUGCCCAAGGACCUGCAUGUGAUCAGCACAGAUGAGAACCGUGUGGUUGCGGCAGUACAGGAGUGGAACCAGAACGAAACCUACAACCUGUACGUGUCGGACACGUCGGGGGUGUACUACACCCUGGCUCUUGAGAACGUGGUCAGCAGCAUGGGCCACGAGGGUAACGUCAUGGUGGACCUCUAUGAGGUAGCUGGAAUAAAGGGGAUGUUCCUCGCCAACAGAAAGAUGGAUAGCCAAGUGAAGACACACAUCACCUACAACAGAGGCAGAGACUGGAGCCUCCUGCAAGCCCCGAGCAAAGACCUGAGGGGCAACAGCAUCCACUGUGAGCUGCCCUACUGUUCAUUACAUCUCCAUCUACACGUCUCCGCAAAUCCCUACACAUCUGGAAACAUAGCCAGCAGGGACUCAGCGCCGGGGAUCAUUGUCGCGUCAGGAACCAUCGGCGCAGAGCUCACCUCCACCAACAUUAGUGUGUACGUCGCCUCAGAUGCAGGAAACACAUGGAGACAGAUCUUUGACGAGGAGUAUGCAGUGCUGUAUCUCGACCAAGGAGGAGCCUUAGUCGCAAUAAAACACACUCCACUUCCCAUCCGACACCUGUGGUUGAGUUUUGACGAAGGACAACAGUGGAAGAAGUACAGCUUCACCAACACGCCUCUGUUUGUGGACGGGGUGCUGGGCGAGCCUGGGGAGGAGACUCUCAUCAUGACGAUAUUCGGCCACGUCAGUCAUCGCUCAGAGUGGCAGCUGGUGAAGAUCGACUUCAGGUCCAUCUUCAACAGGAGGUGUAUAGAGGAGGACUAUCAGACAUGGCACCUUCACAACCAGGGCAAGUCCUGCCUCAUGGGAGUGAAAAGGAUCUACAGGAAGCUGAAGCCCUCGUCCAGGUGUGUUAUGGGAAAGACGUAUUCUGUUUCUAUGACGUCUGGCCCCUGUGACUGUACUGAGGCUGACUUUGAAUGUGAUUAUGGCUACGAGAGACGGACCGACGGCAAGUGCACCCCCGCCUUUUGGUUCCAUCCAUCAUCCAUGUCCAGGAGUUGUACCACAGGGAUGACGUUCCUGAACAGCACCGGCUACAGGAAAGUUGUCUCCAAUAACUGCACGUCUGGAGUCAGUGUGGAGUACACCUCCCGCAGGCAGCAGUGUCCCAUCCAGGCCCCCAAAGGUCUCCACCUGGUCACCAGUGAGGGCACGCUGUCAGCCACUCUGGGCACCAAUGUCACCUUCCUGGUUUUUCUGGAGGAGGGCGACGGGGCGAGGACAAGCAUUACCCUGGACUUCGGAGACGGCCGCGCUCUGACCUACUCCAACGUGAGCUCUAUUGAGGACGGGAUCAAACACGUCUACAAAGCUGUGGGAAUAUACCGAGUGACGGCCACAGGGGAGAACAUCCUUGGCUCAGAGACAGUCAUGCUCUAUCUGCAUGUAACAUGUCAGCUGGAGCAUAUCCAUCUCUCAGCUCCCUUUGUGGCGGUAAAGAAUAAGGAAGUGAACUUGACUGCUGUUCUGCUGCCCAGCCAAGUGGGAACGGUCACCUACAUCUGGUGGAUCGGAAAUAACACCGAGCAACCGGUAAUCACCCUGGAGGGAAGUGUGGCUUGCACGUUCUCCCGGGAAGGCAUCAAUGCAGUCACUGUGCAGGUGUCCGCAGGGAAUAUUAUUCUGCAGGACAGAAAAGCCAUCGCUGUCCACGAAUAUUUCCGCUCUCAUCUGCUCGCCUUUUCAUCAAACCUGGACGACCACAACCCUGAUGUUGCAGAAUGGAGGCAGGACGUGAGCCGAGUCAUCAAGAAGUCUCUGAUCCAGGCCACAGGUGUGCGCGACGAUCAGAUCUUGGUCACCAUCCUCCCAGGUUUACCUACAGCUGCAGAGUUUUUCCUUCUACCCGACAAACAGCUCACUGAGGGCAAAGCGGAGAAGAGCUCUGCUCAUUUAGAUCAGCUCUCUGAGGUUUUGCUCAGCGCCUUGAAUCAAAACCUUGUCCAGUUCACGUUGCGGCCAGGAGUCCAAGUCACCGUGUACGCAGCACAUUUAUCAGCAGCGCCCCUAGUGGACACCAGCGAGAACCACAGUGGCUCUGCUAUGCUAAUGCUGCUAUCAAUAGUGGUUGUGGGCUUAGCUGUAUUUGUCAUCUACAAAUUCAAGAGGAAGAUCCCAGGCCUCAACGUCUAUGCGCAGAUGCAGAACGAAAAAGAACAAGAAAUGAUGAGUCCAGCUAAUCCUACAGAGACCACGCCAAGCUCACAGCGGGACUUGGUGCAUUCUUUGGAGAUUCUGGACACAGAGUUUAACUCACGGCCCAUAGGAUGUAUGAAACCUCAUGUACAUGUGAAAUUCUCCACAGAACUCCCCACAUACAUCGUCUAAACUCUGGACUGGAUUACCACUCCAGCUGCGUCAUGGAUAUUUUUUAACAUUCUGGACACAAUGGUUUUGAGCUUUAUACCUCUGCAUGUUGGACCCUGCUGACACAUACUGUGCUCUGUUCAAACCUGAAGAAACUGUGUACAGGUUUUUCAUUCUCCUUCGACAUGUGUCUGAUAAAUUAAACAUUUUCCCAUUUAUUUAUACAAGUCAGAUACAUAAUUCAGAGGGAACGCCAGCAUGAACUAGAGAGGAUAACAAAUUAAUUGAACAACAAUAUUUUGGUUUUGCCUACAUAUCUGAGAUUGGUUUGCUGUUCUAUGAAGCUAUCAGCAGUAGUGUAUUAUUUAUUCAUAUGAAUUGAUGAAGUGAAUUACACAUUUAUUUUGUAAAUCAUGACCGUCUGUUAUAAAUGUGUGUAUUUUAAUAACAAAUGUCAUACUAAACAGAAAUGCUGUUGUAAAAUGUGAAUAGGGUAAUUCAAAGCUUUUUGGUCCAUUGUCUCUUGGGAAGCUGAUUUAUGGCACAAUACACAUUUUCUACUGAAAUCUACUGAGUUUGGUUUUUCUGGUUUUAUUUAACGUUUGCUGUUAAUCUAAUGCUUCU